CGAUUUCUGAGCGUUCUGUUUAUGAUUAGUGUUCUGAGAACAAUUGUCAGAAGGACAGUUAUUUUUUUUUUGCGCAAUUGGAAUGGUGGAUACCAUCAUGAUAGCGAAAUUAUUUUUGAUCUUCGCCGUUGCGUGCCAAGUGACUUCUGGUCAAAGGGGAUGUUCGAGGGAUCGCAUGCGACAAUGCGAGGACAGCAUCCUGCGAAGUAUUCAACGGCGCGUCAACGACUUGAGAGGAUCCGAAAUGACCGCACAUUGCAUGAACGUGCGUGAUGACUUUAAUUGCCUUCUGCGUGAGACAAGGUGUGUAACUAGCGAAACUGACCGCAACCGUAAUGGAGAUACCCUGAGAAAUGCCAUGAGGUAUAUCAGGGAUGGAUGCGACUCUGCCGGAGCCAGCUGGCGGGACAGCUCCUGCUAUGUGGGCGAGGGUAUGAAGACCUGCGAAAGCUCCUUUCCACUGGGCGGAACGCAGUACGCCUCCUACAAUCCAGAGACGUGCAGAAAGUACAACCUGUUCUAUGACUGCGUGAUGGACACAAUACGCAGCAGGUGCCAUCCAGACGAUGACCGCCUCCUUGGGCAGUAUCUGGUGGACAGUGCCCAGGAUCUGGCCUGGAAUUGCGGCGACCGCACCUCCUCUUCUGAUUACGACAGGACCAGGGACGACAGGAGGUACGACUCCGGAAGAUACGGCGGAAAUUCCGAUCGUUUCAGCAAUGACAGAGAGAGGGACAGUUAUGGAAGAGGGGGAUACGGUAAUGACAGAGGCAGGGACAGAUAUGACAUGAACCGGGACAGCCAUGACAGAUACCCAAGUGGAGGAUCAUACAACAAUGGAUAUGGAAGGAACGACUAUGCAGGAAGCUCGGACGUCACUUGCUGUCGGCAAGAGCGUUGCGACAGGUACAGGAUGCAGCAGUGCAAGGACUCCUUGUCCAGGACCAUCGACAACAGAAUGGCAGGAUACCAAGACUCCCAGAAAUGCAGAAAGACGCGCGACGACUUCAACUGCUUGAUGUGGCAGACAUCUAAUUGCGUAAGCAGAGAGGAAAGAGACCGAGACAAUGACAUCUUCCGAAGAGCCAGAGACUUCAUCUCCAGAAACUGCGACACCUACGGAAGAUGGCAGGAGAACAAUUGCUACAAGACGACUGAAAUGCAGAGAUGCGAGGCUCUUAAUUCUAACACUAGGGGAGGUGCCAAUUACGAAGCAUGCAGGAGUUUUUUGAAUUUCCGCGAGUGCAUGACCGAUGAAAUCGCCCGAAGCUGCACGCGGGAAGAUGAUCUCUACCAGGGGGCCUACUUAGUGGACAAAGCCCAAGAGAUGUCAUGGCAGUGUGGCGUUGAACAGUCAUCAUUGAGCAAUGGCCGCAACACGUACACGUGGGACAGGAAUAACAGGCAAGAUGACCAGUACGGCAGACAAGGUGAAUUCAGUCCCGUACAUCUCGAAGACGAAGAUGCCAUGUGUCUGUCCAGAGCACAGUCAUACACUGACCAGUGCAAGACCAAUAUGGACGAGAAAAGACGAGAAAUAUACAUUGAAAACGACUUCGAGAGGAGGACGAAGAUACAAUGCUGCUCUGUUCGAGAGUACAGAAACUGCCUGUACGAAGCAACUCGCCGCUAUUGUCAAGGAGAACGUAGCCGAGUGGUUGAUUCCCUGAUGGCAGGAUACAGACACCACCUGACCAGCGACAGCUGUGUCCGAAUCUACGACUACGAAUGCAGCGCCGGACCUCAGGGACCAGCGUCUAUAACCUUGCUGAUCGCCUGUCUUGCUGUCUUGGCCGCUCUCGUCUCUGUCAGGCGAUGAGCGUUCACUUAUUGUUAAAGAAGUUAAAUAUAUGUAUAUUCGAGUGUGGUAAAACAGUCAGCUGAACACUCGUUAAAUCAUCUGAAGAAAUGUGGUUGGACAUUGGUUUUUAAUUCUAAAAUAAUACUGUGAGUAUGACGUAAAAAAGACAUUCCAUUUUACAAAUAUAAAAAAUAUAUGUACAUAUAUUUCCUGUGUGAAAAAGGGCUGUGUUUUUAUUAAGUUUUAUUGUAUUUUUUUCUAAUGGUUUCACUUAUAUAUGCUGAUGGUUCCCAUAGUUUUAAAUUUGUUCUCAUUGUAAAUAAUUUAAAUUUAAAUGAAAAGUGUGCACUUUUUAUUAUUAUUAUUAUUAUUAUUAUUUUUUUUGAGGAAACCAUAGAAAUACUAUAAUUUAUUCAAAAAAUAUAUUUGCUAGGUAUUUAUUAUUUUCGAAUAAAUUACGAAAGUAUAAGAAUAUUGUAUGUUAUAUUCCAGUUUUUAAACAUUAAAGACAAAAAAAAUAAAUAUAUAUCCAGGUAAUUUGUGAAUACAUUUACCAUUUUUCUUUUAAAUUUUUAUCCAUACUUGCUGUGACAAAUAUUUAUUGGAGCAGCUGAACGUUUUGUGAUUACUUUUUUGAGAAAUUUAUCAUUUAAGCUUGAUAUUAAGCUUUCAGGCUUAAGCAACAAGGAUUUUCUAUUACAUUUUGCAGUAAAUUGCCAAAUUUAAUCUUUUAACAUUGACACUGAUUUUUUCAGCAUUUGAAUUCUGAGAAUAUAAUGGCCCAUAACCGCUGAAAUCAUGUUAUGUAGUUCAUGAAUUUAUCUUUGAUAAGUUGAUUAGUAAAUUUAUAAGUCUAAUUUAAAAAACUCAUUCUAUAAUUAUAAUAAUAAUUAUUUAUUGUUGUGAAGAUAGCAAGAAGAUUUUUAAUUAUUUAUUUUAAUAUUUUGCGAAUUGUCUAAGGGGAAAUUUCUGUUCUACAGGUAUUUGAAUUUUUUGUUUCAGAAAUUGAUAUUUUAAAACAUUUAUAGUUCAAAUAAUGUAUAGAAUCUGAUUAUUUAGGAAAUAAUUUGACUAAAAAGAAUUUAAUACUGAAAAAUAUACAGAAUUUAUAAAUACAACAGUUUAUUUCAUCUAUAUUCAGUUAUAACAGUUUAUUUCACGGAGUUGAUAUACAUUUAUUUUGAAUUUGUAAUGUGAAAAUUCAUAAAAUAUUACAAACUAUUUAGAUAAAGAAAAAUUCAUAUUUUGUAUAAUUAAUACAACUGCAGAUAUUUUCAUUCACAAAAUAUUAUUUUCUCUUUAUGUGAAAAUUUGAAUUUAUCUCUUAUUUUUAUUGUAAUGAUUAUGUUUAGGGCUCCAAUUCUCUUUAAAAGCAUUUCUUAUGCUUGUUAUCAAAAUAACAUUAUUUAUGAUAAAUUCUUUAAUGAAUGUACAAGAGUUAACAUUUUUUAAAAUCAAUUUAGUGUGAAUAAAAUAAAAAAUGCCUUCAUAUGAUAUUUAUAGAUCCCAUAUGUGGGUUUAGAUCAUAAUCCCAAUAGCUGAAAUCUGAACAAUCCAGAAUCCAGUGAAUUAAAUAUCCAUAUUCAAACCUUCAAUAUGACUUUUUAAAUACCAUUUUAAAUUAUAUGUAAAAUGCUACUAUUUAGUAGCUUUUCAGUUUUUUUUGUUUUCCGAUGAAAAAUAUAACUACCCAAUAUUUUGGAAUAAUAAUCCAGGUGCAUACAUCCAAUUUUUUGUUGUCAGAUAGGUAAUAAAUGAUAAAAUAUCAGAUAAGCAAUAUGUGUCUUAAAGUGCAUUGAAAACAACUAGAAAAGUGCACACAUACCUCCUACAACGCAGCAUGUCGGACGAGUUAUUAGUGACUGUUUUCCUUGGCAUUUUCCCUAGAAGCCCAGAAAGAAAUUAGGGCAGAACUAGAUUGCAGUCAUGGCUGUCAGUACCUAUGGGGCAACUACAUUGAUUUGCAAGUGUUGAAUUUAUGAGAGUAGGAAAUAGUUGAGUAGUGCACAAGUUACCUUGAUAUGAUGUCCAAUAUUGUAAAAAUGUCAAACAAAUGAUUAGUGACAAAACAUCAGAUAUAUGCACUGGACCUUAACAAGCAAAAACAAAUUUACAAAUGAGCACUUACUAUUACAUUGUGCUUGGAAGUCUGUUAAUCUAUCAUCUCUACACAACAAAAGCUACUACUUUUUUUUUUAUUGGUCACUAUAGGCAAGUAUGUGUAAGAAGAGUGGGUUUGGGGGGAAGGCAAAUGAAAAGAUCUCCACGCUAGAGGUUCCAAAAGAGCAUCACAUUGCAAAAGAAAUGAUAAUUAUAUUAAGAUUAUAUUCCAUUGAACAAUCGAAAUAGAGUUCCUAUCUCAAGACAGUGUUAAAAUUGUGAGCAUUUCUGGAUUCUGACUUGUUGGGAUUACACUUGUUUGGAUUAUGUCCGAAUAUGCACUUAUCUAAAGAGUUUCAAAUAAAAUAUUGAUAACCCUUAAAAAUCAUUCUAAUAAAAUUGCUUCAUUUUAAUUCUGAUUGAAGCUUUAAGCAUUUAAGAUCAAACAGAAUCUCUUAAAAUGAUACUGCCAGUGGGAAUGAACACAAAUUUCAUUUUAGCGUAUUUUCUGUGUGAGCAUUCCAUGUAUUUCAUUAUUAUAUUCUUCUCGCAUCUUCAUUUUUUAAUUGAAACCACAACACAGAAUAUCAAACAUUGUCUUAUGUGAAUGCAUUUAGCAUAGAUUUUUAAUGAUUCUAGAAAAGACGAUUAUGGUCCAAAUUUCAAUUUUAUGUGCAUGCAUUUCAUAUAAAUUUUAAUAAUUCUAGAAAAGACAACUAGGGUCCAGUGUACAGCUGUAUUGCAUUUAUUUAACACUAAUUUCAAAGAUUCUAGAAAAGAAAUUGUAAUCCCAAAUGUAGCUUUGUAUGCAUGAAUUUAGCAUGAUUUUAAUGAUUCUAGAAAAGUUAUUUAUAGUCUAAAUUGCAUUUUUGUAAGCAUGCAUGUAGCAUGAAUUCUAGAACAGUUAUUUAGACAAAGCACAAACAUUUUUUAAAGUAGAAAUUGAUAGAUAUGACAAAUUUAAUAGAAAUCCUGAUCACACACAUUUUUUUAUAACUGAUGAGAAAUAAUCUGAUUCAGCCCAAAAAAUUAAUUAAGAAUUAUUUUAGAGAAAGUUUUAAAAUUUCAAAUCUUUAAUAUUAAGCAUUUUAACUAUCUCAAACAUAUUCAGACUUUUUUUUAUGUAUCUGCCUAGAAUUUCAUUUUCAUCCUCGAAUUAAAAAUUUAUGGCGUCAUAUAAAGUACAAAAUCCAUUUUUCAUAAGAAUCUCAUCUUUUUUUUAAUGAUUUGUUUGUAAAGGAAAUAGGUUAUAGUUUUGUUAUUCUAAUUCUAAAACGAUUUUCAGAUUUUUUUUUUUAUGUAUCAUAAACUGUGUACAUUUUUACAUUACCUUCUAGGGGAUCUUUCAGCAAUACAAAUUUCGUGGUCCCAUUUACUUUCCAAAAUUUAAAAACCAAAUAUAUUUUCUAUCUAUUUAAAAUUUAAUUUCUAAUUUGAAGUAUCAAAUUUUAACUAACUGAUAGAGCAAAAAGUUUCAUUGCAGAUAAUGGUCUCAAAAGUUAAUUCCAGUAUAUCACGUAUAAAAAAAAUGUACAGAUGAAAUUUGAAAAUAAUUGUCAAAAUAAUAAAGAAAAACGAUUCGACUUUUUUAGCACAAUCUAAAUAAUAUUAUUAUAUCCUGUUUAAUUGUAGGAUCGAACAAUUUUUUUUUAAAUUAUAAAGAACCACAUUUAAUUUUAGAAAUAAAAAAAAUGACAUAAAAAAUUAAAACUGUAAUUAAUUAGAAAAGUUCCUAGAAUGAUAUUCCAAAAUUAAUUUAAACUAUACUUGAUUUUAAUUUGAAUAAGCAGCUCGAUAUUAUAUGGCUUUUAUAAUUAUGCCAGUAUAUAACAUUUAAAAAUGUACAUGUGAAAUUUAAAAGUAAUUUUAAAAAUAAUAAAAUAAAAACAAUUAGACUUUUUUUAGCACAAUCUGAAUAAUAUUUAAUAUUAUUGCGUACUAUUUAAUUGUAGGAUUGAACUUUUUUUUUAAUUAUAAAGAACCAUAUUUAAUUUUAGAAACAAAAAAUAACAUAACACUUUCAAAUGUAAUUAAUUAGGAAAGUUACUGGAAUAAUGUUCGAAAAUUAAUUUAAACAGUACUUGAUUUUAAUUUUAAUAAGCUCGAUAUUGUAUGACUUUUACAAUUAAACGAAAUCUCAAAAUUAGUAACUUUCAAAAUAAUGCACGAAAAAAAAUACUGGAAGGCUGGGACCCUGUUAUCAAUCCUUUUUUUACUUUGCCUAUUUAAUGAAAAAAAUGGCCCUGAAAACUGUUUUUUCCAAAAGCUUUCGGGAAUACUAUUUAUAUGCAUUCAUUCAAUUUUUGCUAAUACUUCUUGCAGUAAUUCGUGGAAUAGUUAAUCAGAGUGCAUCACUGCAUUCUGAGUACUCUACAAAUGCUUAAUUCUUAUACUUUUUGCUUGUUUUGAAGAAUAAUUCAUAAGAAUGCGUCACUAGAAUCUGAAAAAAGAAUUAUCUGUUCUGAAAAAAACAGUGCUUCUAAUAUAGUUACCUCUUUCGUAGCUUUCCAUUCAUUAGUGAAAGAAUCGUAAAAUGUUUUUCUUAUAUAAUUAUUAUUUUGACUUUUUACAAUGCAUGAAUAUAUAUAUACUCUUAUCGCUUUUAAACUCGCGGCUAUGUGACUGUGUUGGUUGUAAAUUAAGAUUCAUAAGCUAAGAUUCCGUCCAAAAUUCAUUAUCACAUUCAUGAAUUCAUAUUUACAUGACAUUCAUUAGGAUACAUUUUAUUUUUGUGCAUAAUCAUUUAUCUUUCUACGGUUUAGACUAUCAAAUGAAGAUAAUAUAUAUUAUGAUCGUAGCUUCAAAUUUUGAUUUUUUUUCUUCUUUUGUUUAGAUUUCUGGUUUUCUUUUAGUGUUGGGUUAAUUUUGUAAAACAUAAAUGACAUGACAAUGUCUAUAAUAUAUUAAGAGACAGUUUUCAUUUUGUACUUUUGUUGUCUGUGUGAUUUACGAUAUAUAUGUUUUUGAAUCUUUGUUUUCAUAUUAUUAU